UCGGUCGAAGGUCACGUGUUAUCGUGACGUCAACGAGGCCAUGAAUUUUUUACUACACAGCUUUACAGAGAAGGAAUAUUGACUAUGAACAGUAUAAUGCAAUGUGAUUUUGUGAUGCUUUUGCAUUUUAUUUAACGUGAUGUAGCAAAUUCAAGAAAUGGUUCGAGAAACCAGAUAUCUCUUAGUUGGGAAUUUACCCGAAAAUGUUACCGAAGAGGAGAUAUCGGAAUAUUUUAAAAGAUUCAGUAAAAUACAAAGUGUGAAAAUUCAUGGAAAAAAGGAAAGUGAAGAUUUUGUUUGUGCCACAGUUGCUUUUGCGGACAUAAAGUCUGCGUCAAAGGCUAACAAUGCGGAUAAUUCUUUAUGUGGAAAAGUUUUAACGACAGCGUAUAGUGAAGGAUCUGCUACAGGAAGUGUUGUUAAGAGGACAUUGGACGAUGCUCGUCCCAGUUUUAGUGCUAUUAGGCCCAGUACCUUUCCAAGGAAGGGGCCUGAAGAUGGUGAGGUAUAUGAAGGGAGGGACUAUUAUUCCAGCCAGUUAGGACAGUAUAAUACAGGGUACACAGAGGAAUACCAACGGGGCAGGCCUCGUGAUCGAUUCCCACCACGUGGAGGAGGAUUUAAACAAUUUGACAGGGGAGGACAUCACCAAUGGACUGCUGGAAGACGAUUUGGAGAAGGUCACAGGUCAAAUUCAUCUAGCGAUCGAGAUGCCUUUGAAAAGCCACGACCUCCACAAUCACCUGCUAGAUCAACAUCACAGACGAGCAGAAAAAGUCCAAAAAUGAAGCGAAAGCAAUCAAAUUCUACUAGUCGUUCAAGGUCAGGAUCAUCAGAUUCAAGUUCAAGUAGUAGCUAUAGUGACUCGUCUUCUGACAGCAGCAGGUCAAGGUCAAAAUCUGGAAGCAGGAGUGGUUCUCGUGCAGGCAGAUCCAAAUUACCGUCCACAGGGUCACAGGUCAAGUCGGGGAGGUCAAGGUCACAAGAAUCUAUAGGCAGUGACAACACAGAAACUACAGAGGGUGGAGGUCGCCCACAUGGUAUUAGAAUCACCAACCUUCCUGGACGAUCUAGUGACACCAGCUUACGAGAUGGACUUUUCCACGAAUAUAAAAAAUACGGGAAAGUGAAUGCUGUGCAGAUCUCAGGAAAUGGGGAUGGUCGAUACGCUAUCGUCAGCUUCAAAAAGUCAGAAGAUGCUCGUAAAGCAAAUGUGGCCUCUCAGGACAAAAGAUUCUUUGGUGCAAAUAUCAGAGUAUCGGAGCACGAGGGAAUAGAUGUUGAUGACGCAGAAUUCCGUCCCCCAGAAGCUGAGCUGGAUGAGCACCACCCUAAAGCUACUAGGACAUUAUUUGUUGGAAAUCUGGAGAAAGAAAUCACCAUGGAAGAACUGAAGGACAUGUUUUCUAAAUAUGGAGAUAUUUUGGACAUAGAUGUUAAAAGGCAAGGUGCAAUAUCAGCCUACUCGUUCAUCCAGUUUACAGAUAUACGGAGCGUAGUGAAAGCUCUCAGGGCUCUGGAUGGUGAAACCAUGGGAGGAAUGAAGUUAAAGCUUGGUUUUGGUAAGAGCAUGCCUACAAACUGUGUCUGGGUGGACAACUUAGCCGACACUGUUCAGGAGAAAUUCCUCUUUAGACAGUUCAAUCGCUAUGGCCCAGUGUCUAACAUGGUUAUUGACAGAGAACGAGGCAAAGCUCUUAUUUUCUUCAGUAGUCUGGAAAGUGCACAGUUUGCUCUCAGUGAAAUGAGGAAUAGAAUCUUAAACGGCCAGAAAAUUCAGAUUGAUUUUGGCAGCAGAGACUGCCAGACGGAUUUCUAUGACAAAAUGGAAAAAUCUGGUCAGUUGAAGCCUGGACAGAGGUCAAGUGUAACUUACCAGAGACAAACAAGUGAUACCCAGCGGCCGGAGAGGGGUAGAGGAAAAUUUCCAUUUCCAAGAGGAAGAGGUUUUGUCAGAGGUGGGCGUGGUGGUCGAUAUAUUGCUGGCCACACUGCAGGAUAUGGUGGCAAAGAAUACCAUGAGGACUACAAAUGGCAAAGGUAUAAUGAAGAAUACAGCCAAAGCAGCGGUGGAGGUGGGACUACAUUUGAAGGUGACUUUGAAACCGAUUUACACGCAUAUAGAACUCAGCGAGAGCGUCAGCGUAGUUGUAGUCCUGACCAAUAUAGUGAUGAUAUGUAUAGUGAAUCGUACCGUGAAUAUAAAACAAGGUAUGCCGAAUAUCCUGGAGGCGGAAGUCCAGGGAGUGACGAAACUUACGACUAUAAAAAUAGAGACGAAAUAUAUUAUAAGGAACGAUAUGUGAUAGGAUCUCGUGAAGCUAGUCCUGAGGGAUCAUUUCAUGGUCGUGAGUGGAGUAAUUCUCCCACACGAAAUCGGGUGAAAGACCCUGAAAGAAACACACCACCGACCCCUCUCGGAGGGGAAGAUACUCAGGACUUUUCAUCGCACGAACAGAGUCCGUCUGAAAUGGACACUGAAAACAAACGAUCAGGAAAAGAUGAUUUUGAUAUAACAGACGCUGACAUUCAAGAAUUACGAACAUCUAAUAAAUAUAGUGCUCAUAGGAAAGAAUCUUUAUCACGGUCGGAGGAAAGAUAUGCUCGCAAGCGAUCAUACGAUGACUCUUUUACACGAGACUCAUUAUCUAAAGAGGAUCUUAGUGUUCGGAAAUUAGACAGACAAUUAAGUCAUGGAAGUCACGAUAAACUAUCAGAAUCUAAGCGAGACUUGUUUAACAAAAUGAAGAAACUUCAGUCAGAAAUCGGUAAUAAAAGUGAAGGACAAUGUAGUUCUAAUAGUAGUGAUUCUGAUCGAGGUUCGUUAACAGGCGGGGAUCUAUCAAAGUUAAAACAUGAACGACAACUUCUGUUGGAGAAAAUUAAAAUGUGUGAAGAUACUAAUAUUAGUGACACUGAUCGUUUGGAUAAAUCCCCAUUAAAAAGGCCAAGGCUGGAUCCUUGGUCAGGGAAAAGUGCAAGUGGACAAAGACUUCAGAGUGAACUUGGAAGUGUGAUUAUGGGACCUAAAAAAGAGAAAUCAUAUGAUGUUUCCCAGAGCUAUCGUAAACAAAUGGAAACUAUACGUAAAAAUGAAGAAAAAUCUGUGAAAGAUGACUCUUUUAAAUCGAAAAAGAACGAUAUAUUUAGCUAUGAGGAUGAUAAGGAGGAUUUAAUACCACAGGGAUUACUUUCACCGAAAGAUGUACCAACAGCAUUUGUGAAAAAGCGUAAAAAGACCGAGGUGUCCGAUGAAAAAAGCAGGAUGUACCGUCAAAAACGUGAAAUAGAGGAUGAACGUAUGAGCAGUGACAAUGAGGAAAGUGCUAAAAACGUAACACGAACUGAUUCAGUGGGUUCAUUAGGGAGUAUACGUCGUCUUUCUAGUGGACAUUCCUCGCCACGGACACCUAUUACAGGUCAUCUGUCUCUUGAAAGUAUUGAUCAUAGACUAAGUGAAUCGGAACAGUCAUUAAUGUUUAAGAAACUUGACUCUAGUAAGCGACGGAGUAAAGAUGAUCAUUCUACUAGUCCUGUGAUUAUUCCUUUAGGAGAGGACAUUUUAGUAACGGAUAUUCCCGAUCCCCGUGUGCCAAAAGUAAAAUGUGAAGAAGAUUUCUGUCUUCCUUUACCAAAAUUUGCAGAGUAUACUCCUCCUGUUAAACUUAAUUCACCACACUCAGAAAAUUCAGGAGAUGUUUCGAAAGAAGAUUCUCCAUGUUUUUCACCUCCGAGUAGUGGUAGUAAGAACGAAUCACCACAGCUAUCACCGAAUGAUACUAAUUCUGAGGAGUCGCAUACUCUUAGUAAUCAAGAGCCUACUUACAUACCAGAAGAAAUUUCAAAUAAUUCAAAUGAACCAACUAUUGAUACAUUGGAAAAUCAGGAUAUGGAAACAGUUAAACCUCAUACGGAAGUAGAUUUGGAUGAAGGGUUAUCUGAUGCUAGUGAUCAUAAUGACGAUUUUUGUCUUGAAGAGCGCAUUCGUAAACUGGAUGAAAAACUCAAUCAGCUUCCUACAACACAACCAUCUAAACUAGGAACUGAAAAUGUGUCAUCUACGUCAAUUGGAAUAAAUAUGUCAUCGUCAAAUCCACCAACAAACAUUUACUCUAAAUUUAAGAUCAAGAAACGUCAAGAUUCUAAUGGAGUAGGUCAGGAAGAAAAUAGUGAAAAGGGAGAUAAACCAUCAUCAGAAAUUGUAAAAACAAUGCUUAAUCGUAGUAGUAUAUUUGAUCUCGACUCUAAGAGACUAGAACAAAUUAAUGAGAAAUAUUCUCCGAAUAUGAAAUCGGUUGUGUCGAAUGCUGACGAUUCUCCUAAAGGUGUGACAUUACGGACUAAAGCAGAGACAAAGGAAAUGCCUUUGUCUACACUGCCGGGAUCGUUAGCUGGACGUUUAGGGAACGGUGGGUCGUCAUUCCCAACGUUGUCAGUCAAUACUCAACCAGUUGUUCCGUUAAGUGUUAAAAUUGAUGAUAAACCAGUGAAUUCAUUAUCGCCAGGAUCUUUAAAAGGACCUUUUUCACAUGAUCAAAAUUCUCAGGAAAAUAAAACUGCUGAUAUGUGUUCAUAUAAUAGUGACAAUAGAAUAUAUAAUAUAUCUGAUCGUAUGGAUGUACAAAAUCCUGUAACAAUUAACUAUUCUCCGAGAUUUAAUUCUAUAGACAAUGGAAUAAAUAAAACAUCUUUAGCAACGUUGUCAACGAGAACAAUCGUAGAAUCAGCAAUUGAAACGGCUGAGAAAUCGGACAAUCUUUCUCCAGUUGAUUCUAUUGUUAAAUCGGAUCCUCGUUUAAAUUCUAAGAAUGCGUUAUAUAAUAAGACUAAUAAAAUUGCUGAUGAUAAUUUGGAUUUUAAUAAGAAACUUGAUACGAGAAAAUCGCCAUCUAAAUCUCUAGAUAUGAACUCAUCUAAAAUAGAAAUGAAAAGUGAAUCUGGACUUAAAAACGAUAUAGCAUCUGAUCAUAUUUUGGGAAGUAAAAUAUCUAAAAGUGAUAAUGUUGAGGAUUCAUCAGCAGAUAUUUCAUCAUCUGUUUCAAUUGAACGUAAACGUAAAUCAGAAACACCUUCAAAAAAGGAUAAAAUUAAAAAUGCUGAGAGUAAGACAAAUUCACCAUCUGAUACAGAUAAGGAAAGUUCUAAGUCUGAAGUCAAAAGUGGAUCAGAAAGCCCAGAAUCUAAGAGGGCGAAAAUAUCGUCACCGGAGAAAGACAAAUCUGAAACAAAUUCACCGACUCACAGUGAAAGUGCUAAAUCGGAUAAACUUAAAAAAGACAGUGAUAAGAAAAACAAAGAAAGUAAAAAGAAAGACAAAUCUGAGUGUGAUUCUAUGAACAAAGAUAAAGAUUUUAAUGAUAAAAAAGAUAAGGACCAUGAUGGUGAUAAAACUAAAAGUUCCGCUAAGAAUGUUGAAAAUGAAACUAAGAUUGACGAUAAAUCAGUAAAGUUGCCUUCUGAUCUUGUUAAAAAGGAACCUCUUAAUAAGACUGAUGGAAAAGAUGCUGAUAAAUCUCAAAGUAAAAAAGACACUGAUAAAAAAACUGAGCAUAAUACGACAAAAAAGGAAAAGAAAAGUGAUGGAUCUUCAUCUAAGAAGUCUGCAGAGAGUAAAACAGAUUCAGCUCAUAAGAAAGAGAGUAAAUCUAGUGAUUCUAAGACCAAGGAUAAAACGAAAUCUAGUCAUAAAACUAAAGAUUCCUCAAAACAAAAGGAAGGAAAGUCAUCUGGAAAAGCAUCUAAAAGUGGGUCAACUGAGAAAGUUGAGCAGACAAAAGAUCAAGUAAAAGAAACUGUAUCAACCACAGAAAAUACCGAUAAAAAGGAAUUGAAAGAAAGUGAGAUUAAAAGUUCAGAAAAAUCUCAAGAUGCUUCUAAAGAUAAGACUGAAAAAUCAAGUGAAAAUUUAAAGGAGAAAGAGAAAUCAACAGAUGCAUCAAAGGAUAAAACUGUACCAACCACUAGUGAAAAACCAAAAGACAAAUCUAAUGGUGACAAUAAACAUAAAGCUAAGCUCGAUAAGUCUAAGGAUAAAAGUGGCGAAUCAGCAAAACAUAAAGCUAAAAGUGACAAUUCUGAACAGCACAAAAAUAAAUCUAGUCAUGAUAAUUCAAAAAAGGAAAAGUCAGCAGAAAAAACUAAACAUACAAAGCCCAAGGACAAAACCUCAUCAGAAAAUGUUAAAUCCAAAGACAAAUCUGCCGACGCCAAGCAAACAUCUGUAGAAAAGCCAUCAGAACCUGAUAGUAAUGUUAAAAAUGAAUUGAAAGGGGCUGAUAGUGAAUUGGUGAAAAGUGCUGAGAAAUUAAAGUCAUCUGAUGAUGUUAAGACAAAAGAAAAAUCUGAGAAUGGAAAACAGAAAGAAAAAUCUGGUAAUGGUAGCACUUUUAAAAAAGAGAAAAGUGAAAACGAGAAACCAAAAUCAACAGAUUCCUCAACUAAGACCAAAGAAAAGACGAAACAUGCUGACGGGAGUCAUGGGAAAAAGUCAAAGGAGGAUAAAUUGAAAUCUACAACAGCAACAUCCUCUUUAGACAAACCAACAAAGGACAAAAGUCAUAAGGAUAACAACAAGAAAGAUGAAGACAGAUCGAAGUCAGAUGCCAAGAAAGAGGGAAAUAGUGACAACAAAAGUUCUAACACUAGUAAAAUGUCAAUUGACAGUUCUAAUGCUAGCAAAACCUCAACUGAAACUAGUAAAACUUCAACUGACAAUUCUAAUGCUAGUAAAAGUCCUACUGACAGUUCUAAUGUUAGUAAAAGUUCAACUGACAAUUCUAAUGCUAGUAAAAAUUCAGCUGACAAUUCUAAUGCUAGUAAAACCACUAAUGAGGGAUCCAACUCGUCAGACAAGAAAGAGAAUAAUGGAAAUAACCAUGACAACAAGUCAGAAAAUAAAUCGGAAAAAUCAUCUGAGAACAAGAAUGAUGGUAAAAGUGAGAAUAGUUCAGGAAAUACCGACUCACUGGCGAAAAGUUCUGAUAAAUCUGAGUCAAAAAAGGAAAGAAAGAAAAGUGGAGAAAAAUCAUCGAGUAAAAGCAGUGGUAAAAAGUCUAGCUCAGAAAAGAAAUCUGAUGGUAAAUCUAGUGACAAGAAAAGUUCAAAGAAGGACAAGGAAAAUAAAAGGGAAGAAAAGAAAGAAGAGAAGAAAUCGCCAAAGGAAGAUAAGCAUAAAAGUACACCCAAAAAGGAAGUUGAAUUUGAUUGGUCUGCUUGGGUGGAGGAACCAUAUGUUUCAAUGUAUGAUCGAGUAAAACGAAAAUCUAGUGAAAAAACCAAAGAACGAGAAAUGCAGGUUACUAGGAAAAGAGAUUUUAAUAAUCUAACAAAACGUCGCAAUAAUAAGAAACAUAAUAAGUUUGGUGAUUCUGACGAUUCUGAUUUCUCACAUGAUAGUGCUGAAGAAACAGAUGCUUUUGAGGAAGAAAAAGUAGCUAAACCAAGCAAAGAAGUUGUAAAUGACAAAAGUGACAAUGGACCAAAGCGUAAACGAUGUAUUAUUGACACCUCAACAUCAUCCGAUGACGAUGAUAGCCAGUUCUAUAAAUCAUUCCAGAAAAACUCUUUGAAUAACAAAGAGAAAAGUAAAGGUUUGACAGGGAAAAGUAACAAGCAUUCCGUCAAUGAUAUCUACUCGUCAGAUUCUUCAGAAACGGAUAUUGACUUUCCACCGAUAUCUCCGGCAAAGAAGAAAAUCAAAAAGACCAAAACAAAAAGUAAAAAACCUCAGAUACAUCAUGAUACUGAUAGCGAUUUGGAAAAUAACAAAGAAAAACAGAAAAAGAAGAAAUUGACAUCUAGCAAGCCUAAACCAAAAUCUACACCUAAGAAGAAGUCUGACAUCAAAACACCAGCUGCAACUACACAAACAGAUACACACGAGUCAGACAUGCUUGAUAUAGAUAGUGGGGACAUGGACAUAUUUGAUAGAAUCAAAUUGAAAAAUCACAAAAAGAAAGAGUUAGUCAAAGAUGCUGUUACACCUAAUGCUAGAAGGUUUGAUACGACAACUGAUGAUUCUGAUAACCAUUUGUUCUCACCGAAUAAAAUCAGUAUGGCAAAGACGGAACCCAAACCUACUGCAAAGAAACUCACAAUAAUGUCUGAUCUCACAUCCGAUUCUGACUCUAGUUUCCCUGAUUUAUCACCUAAAAAGAACUGUGUCACAAAGAAGAAUCAUACUAUGGAAAGUAAGAAACCUGCUGUCACUGUUGGCGCUGGUGUCAUUGCUCAAACUAUUCGUAUGGAAGAUCUUGGUGAGAAGAAAGAUGAGAUGAAGAAGAAAGAUGAUGAUAUAAAGAAGAAAGAUGAUGAUAUAAAGAAGAAAGAAAAGACAAAAAAGAAAUCUAAAAAGAAUGACAUGAUGAAACCUGACGAGAAGAAUGCUGUAGAAGAUGGCAAAAGUCUGUUUGAGAAAAUGGAUAACAUCAUUCCUACUCAGUGUGAAUUGAAGGAUAAAAAUAGUAAACACAAGAAGGAAAUAAAAUCACCCAAGGACCUGCCUUAUCUUGAUGAGGAAGAAAUAAGCCAGGCUGAGAAGCUUGUUAAUAACAUGAACAAACUGGAAAAACCAAUGAAGCAUGACUCAGCAAAAUUGAAUAAGACAUCUAAGCAAGAUCAUGAGAAAACUAUCACCAAGAGUAAAACAUCAAAACUGGACAAGAUGGACCAUAAAUUGUCCAGUGAAACAGAAACAGACCAGGAAAGUAAAUCUCAUUCAACAGAUCAUUUGACCAAAUCUGAAAGUGAAAGUAGAAAAGAUGCAGACGAUAAGAAAUAUGAUCAAUCAGUCAAAACUAAACCCAAUAAAACGAAGAAGAAGAAACAUGACAGUAUAUCUGUGGAUUCAAUUCCCAAGGUCACGCCUGAAGUGUCAGAGAAAAAGGAUGUGGAUACAACAAAGAAAGUCAAUAACAAACAUGACAAAAUAGAAUCCAUUGAUGGCAUGUCUAAGAAGAAAAUUAACAAAAUUGAAAUUGAAGACAUGAUUACCAAGAAACCUCCUUGUAAACUGGAUAUGGAUGAUGGGCUUCUUAAACAACAUAACAAGCAUAACAACAAAGUUGAGAAAGACAUUGGCUACAAGAUAGGCUUUGGGUUCUUUGAAGACUUCCCGAUACUAGAAGAGUCAAAGUUAGACGACAUACCAAAGAAAAAGGAGCCUAAAGAGAAGGAGAAGAAGUCAAAGAAGAACAAAGAUGAUGAGCCAAAAACACCAAAGAAAGAGACAGUAAAGGGUGAAGGAAAAACUCCUAAAAAGAAAGAUAGAAAGAAGAAAGAUGGUACCACAGAAAUGAUUUCAAAAGAAAAUGGUCCCAAGCUGGAGGAACUUGUUGGCAAAUUGGCAGCUGGGGCUAUGCACAAUUCUGAUGUAUUCGACUUCCAAGAUGAAGAUGACAACAAACCGCUAUUUGCUGACUUCUUCAAGAUGAAAGAAGAAAUGACAAAGAAGGCUGCAGCUACAAAGAAGGAUAAGCCAGAUGGAAAGAAAGAAAAUAGGCUUUCUUCUGAAGAAAAAUCUGAGGAGUCUGAGUCUCAUGAAGAUGGAGAAGAGGGUAAAAAAUCUGGACCCAAAGAUAAGAAGGAUAAAGUUAAAUCAGAUGAAGCUAAGAACAUCAUGGAAAAGCUGGAGGAAUCUUUAAAAGAUAGUCUGUUUGGUCCAAACCCAGGGAGCAAGAUUGAUGAAACAAGCAUUACUAGCAUGUUCAGUUCAAAGCAUGUCAAAGAGGCAUGUAAGGAAGAGGCCAAGAAUAUCAUGGGAUUUGCAAGUCCAAAGGGAAUGGUGAAAUCGGACGAUGAGAGUUGUAAAAGCUUGACCAGUCCAACAAAAUCUGAAAUUAUAAGUCCAAAGGAUAAAUAUAGGAGAGACAUGGUAGUUGGUCAUGUAGAUUUUGAUACCUUUACCGAUCUCCAUAAGAAGGACGCAGAGGUUAAGUCAAAGGAAAUUUCAUCAGCUGAGGAAAAAUGGAGGGAAUUGAUAGCCGGAAAGGAAGAUGCAUACAGCAAGAAAAUCGAUAUUUUCACAGACAAUUUAACACCCAAGUCUGAUGUUCAUACGGACAAAAGUAAAGAAGAGAAAAAAGGCAAAGUGGAGGAAAAGAUUCCAGAAGUACCGGAGAAAUCAAGAGAAGAAAUCGUUGAAGAAGCUGUCUCAAGUUUGCAGAAGAUAACAGAGACACCAUCUGUUGUCACCCCUGAAGAUGAUAACUACCAAGAUGGUGGACUUGUUAUUGAUGAGACAACUGCUGCAGUAGAGACGGUAACAGAAGAACCAGUUAUGGCUGAGCAAGCACAGAAUGAGACUGACCUAGCAAUUCUGUCCAUUUUGCAGUUUGAUGAUAAGUCUGGCAGUUUUCCAGAAACACUACCUCAACAGAAUUCUCAUGUUUCUGAACCACAGCCAGAAGUGCCACCAGAAAAUAUUGUGGUAGAGUCAGAACAAGUUACAUUGGAUACAAAUCCUCUUGAUAGUAGUAUUGGAUCUGAGAACGACUUGGUGAUUGACACCUCUACACCUGAUCAAGUUGAGCUUCAGAAUGACAUCAACUUGCCAAUAACAGCUUCAAAACAGGAGAAGCCAAUAGCAGCACCUGUUCAGGAGAAGCUGGUCACAGCACCAAUUAAGGAGAAGCAGACAACUGCACCAAUUAAGGAGAAGCCAUUAAAGGCGCCAAUAAAAGAGAAGCCAGUAACAGCACCAAUUCAAGAGAAGCCAAUAGCAGCACCAAUUCAGGAGAAGGUAUCAGCAGCACCAAUUCAAGAGAAGCCAGUAUCUGUACCAGGACCAACAUCUGUACCAGUCGAACCUAGAAAGGAAACAAUUUUGCCUGCAAUGCCACCAGUGCAGGAGAAGCCAUUAGAACAUAAAGAAAAACCAAAAUCCAGAAGAAAUCAAAAAUCCAAAGAGCAGAUUGAAUUGCUUAAUGCACAAAAGGAACAACCAGCCAGAUCAGUUGGACAGGUAGUAAAAGACAACAACCAGAUGUUCAAUAUACAACCAGAACAAUCAAUACCACAAGUGCAUCAAGAUCUACAUGCUCAAUUUUUUGGACAGAUCGCAGAUUCAAAACAAAUCAUUUCCAAACAAAUUCCAGAAGUUCAAAAACCAGAACCCAGCAGAAGAACUCGGAGGCAGAAGGCAAAUGCCAAGGCUAACCACCAAAUUGAAGUGCCAGGAACCUUCUAUCCCCCAGUUUAUAAUGCUGUUGAUCAUAGUCUCCAUCUGACUAACAAUCUACAAGGUGGUGACGCAAGUGAAAAGGAGAAUGAGGAGAAGUUACCUCAGCCCUACAAUUUUGAUGUUGAGAAACAUGAAGAUGCAGACAAUCUACGUGUAUCUGGUGACGAAGGUGGCAGCAAUGCCGAUAAACGUACUCGCAGAGGGAGAAAACAACAGAACUACAAGGAAAUGAAUUCCGGUGUUCAUGGUCGAACGACUUCUCCCAGAUCAAGGUCGUCUCCAAGAUCUCCAAGGACAGGCAUGUCACCAAGGCAAGCUUUGUCACCACUUAGUUCACCUAAAGCAGAAUUGGCAGCACCUUUUGUAAAGAUAGAAAGACUUCCAUUUGGCUGCAAUAAAAAUGUGAGACCAGAGGGUGAAAUGUUUAAUGAUACCCUUGAUGGGAAACAACAAAUAAUUGAAGCUGUUGAAAAUCUACCAGAAAAUCAAGGUCUAACUGGAACAAAGAAACUGGUUGAAGAGAUUGCCAAACCUGCUAACAAAGAGGCCACCAAUGUUUUUGAUUUUGACGAUAAUGAGCCAGAACUGAAAAUUGUAACAACACCACUCAAGGCCACAAGGCCUAAGAAAGGUCGAAGAAAUACCCAAGAGGCAAUUUUACCACCACAACCGACAACUCCUGAAGUUAAAAUUUCACCCAAUGGGCCUAAUCAUAUUGUUUCACCUCUUGAAGGUAGAUGGCAGUGCAAGAAGGAUAGUGAAUCCGACAAGAAUGGUAACCAUCCUUUGAAAUUGCGAAUUGCUUUGACGCACACCACUGGGAUGUCAACCAAUACCACUAACAGCGUCAGUAGUAUGAUCAAUUCAGCAACCAUCAUAGACAGUACCAUUCCAAGCAUCAAGGAAAAGAAAGAUCUGGAUAGUCUGACCAAAGUCUCUUGUGCUACAACAUCAUCCAUCAUGUCAACAAUUGCUUCAGUAGCAUCGAACGCUGCACCAACAAUGGCCAACGUAUGUAUGGAUAAGAUGAGCAAUGUAGAUAGAAUUAUCGAUGAUGUGUCCAAAGGCAUCUUUGACUGGGACAGAGGAAACGGUCAGAUUGAACCAACUAAAGAGCAGAUCAUGAUGAGCAUGGCAAACAUGAUGCCUAAGGUCACAGACAGUUUCCCUAUUGCCCUGCAGCCAACAAAGAAGAGGCAUACUCAGAACCGUCACAUAGGAGAACUAGAUAUGAUGCCACCACCACCUAUGACAUCACUGCCAGGUCAUGACCUUGGACUUGCUGCUAAGUCUUCACCUAGUCUUGUACAACCACCAAUGGCAUCAUCACCUUUUGGGUUAAAUGUCAUGUCGAUGUCACAAGGUCAUCCACCAGUUCAGACUCCUCCAUUGACCUCUGCUGGUAUUCCAGUCAGUAUUGCCUGUACCUCAAGCAGUCAUCCAAGUCAAGUACAAAUUGGUGAGCCAGCUAUCACAUCCUUUAGUCAGGCUAGACCUACAUCUCAGAUUACAACUACAAAGAAUAAACCUUUGGAUAUGGCACUCAACCCACUUAACCCACUAAACAUGAUGGGUAGAUCAGAUGUUAUGACCUCUGCUGCCCAUUCCCUGUCAACUGCAGCUGUGGUCACUCAAACGACCACCACCACAAUAGCUCAGCAUAGCCCUGGACCAUCUGUUGUUAUGUCAUCACAGAAACCAAUGGUCACCACCAGUGGCAAUACCACCGUCUUGGCAGGUAGAACGGUUACAGUCAAGCCUCCAAACACCGAGGCUUAUCUCCAGCAGAUGGGUCUUCAUCCAUCGGCUAUUCCAUCGCAAGCACCGGUUUCUGCUCACCAAGUUCCAAUGCCUAGGAUGCCAGACAAUAAGCAGGGUUUUCCACAUGGGUUUCUACCAAAUCCAGCUUUCUCAAGACCAGAAGAACAUAGUAGACCAAUUCCAGCAAGUAUUUCUGAAAAACAACCUCAGGUUACAUCUUCUGCACCAACAUGUGUGGUACAUCCUAUUACCACAUCAUCUGGAAAAACAUUGGAUCCAAAACUAUUGCAGCAUCAACAGAUGAUGCAGGCAGUAGCAGCAAGCAGGGCACCAGUGGUGUCAACGACCAGCAGUGGACACUCAAUUCCACCAGCUCACAUGCAUCUAAGCCAGGCGCUUAUGGAGAAAGAACAACAUAUGCGUAACAUGGCCGCCCUGCAUAAUCAACCAAUGAUGCAUCUGAUGGGUCAGCCUCAUGUCAUGGCAAAUCACAUACAGCACAAACCAGAAAAGGCACCCAAAGGGAAACAGUCACAUAAAGCAGAACUGCCACAACCCAACGAGCCCUUACAGAGACCACCAAGUGCUCACAGCCAAAAGCCACAGUCAAAUGAGCCACAGAGGCCACUUAGUGCUCAUGAAAAUCAACAAAUGUUGCACGACCAAAUAAGGACUUUGAUGGGAAAAGGUAUGAUUCCUCCCGGUGCAAUUCCACCACACAUUCUACAAAUGUAUCAUCAACAACAACAACAGCAACAACAACAAAUAGCUGCAACACAACAACAACAACAACAACAGAUGGCCACAGCCAAGAUGGAGGAAAAGAAAGGACACAAGAACCAUACACCCAAAGAAAUGGUGUCUCCUGGCAUUGCUCAUCAGCCAUCCAGUAUGUUCGCAACCAGUAUAGCAUCCCAGUCGUCUAAUCCUCAGAUCAAGUCUCCUGCUUUGGCUCAGACGGCACCCAGUCCACAUCCUGUUUUUUCACAGCCAUCAACAUCUCAGGCUAGACCAAUUAGUCCAGGAAUGAAAAAGCAGUUGAAUGAGAAGUUUAAUCAGAAUCAAUGGACCAGUGAAAGUAUAGCUGAGGCCCAAAGGUCUGGACCAUCAUCUGGUGAACCAUCACCAUCUCCCAAACUCUGGGGAUAUGGUGGCAGUCAGCAACCCAAACCAGCUCACCAACAGAAUUUAGACUCCAGCAGUAAGACUCAUCAAGAGGCUAUCCGUCUCAUUGAACAACACAAACAACAAGAAAUGAUGAGAAUGCAGCAACAACAGGAUCAUGCAAAACUGCAAGAGAUUCAGAGGCAAGAAAUAGAAAGACGGGAAGAGAUUCUACGCCAAGCAGCCUUGAAGUCACGAGACGGCGUUCCAUCAACAUCAGCCAGUACGUCUCAACAGUCGGACCGAGACCGUCAAACAGCUUCGGUGCCUGGCAAGCCAAGGUCUAGUCACUUACCUAAUCAUUCAGAAAGUGGACCAAGUGUCAUGGACCCCAGAAAUCUACACCAUCUUCAAGGACCCAGAGGUCAUGGUGCAUUCGCCGCACCCACUGGCGAACUGAUUCAGGGAAUACCAGCACACCUGUACAGGGACCCAGAAUUUCAACAGAGAUUACACACUGCUGCAGCUCUUCGUAUGCCACAUCUACUGGAUCCACAUAUGUAUCCACAAGGAUACCCACUUGGACUGCCUCAUCCCUAUCAUGGACAGGUGGGUGGAUUGCCGAUAGACCAUCCACACUUGGCAGACCAAAGGCCUCCAUCACAGGGAGGUAGUAGCCAUAGUAUGAGGUCACCACCACCCAGGCAGGCCCAUCAAGCUGUUGCCAAGAGUCCAGCAAUUCCAGCCCAGCCACCAAACAGACAACAAAUGCCUGAUCCUCCACCUGGUGGAGAGGGGAGCUUACUCAGUUUGCUUCAGCGGUAUCCAGUAAUGUGGCAGGGAACAUUGGCGCUGAAGAAUGACAGCUGUGCUGUACAGAUGCAUGUGAUUUCUGGAUUCAAUUCCCUGGUCCAGACGGCUCUCCCACAACAGGUUGUAGAAGGGACAUGUCAGCCAUUGAGAAUUGCCCAGAGAAUGAGACUAGAAGCAGCACAGCUGGAAGGGGUUAUUAAAAGAAUGCAGUAUGACAAAGAUUAUUGUAUGUUGUUGGCUUUACCUUGUGGAAGUGACCAUGAUGAUAUCAUCUACCAGACGAGAGCCAUGUCAACAGGCUUUAUACAGUACUUACAACAGAAACAAGCUGCAGGAAUUGUCAAUGUGGCUGACCCAGGCUCACAACAGCCUGCCUAUGUGGUGCACAUAUUUCCCCCAUGUGAGUUUUCACACGAGACUUUGGGAAGAUUGGGAUUUGAGCUUUUACAUCAAGUUCGCAACCUGAGCCAUCUUUUAGUCAUCAUUACAACAGUGGCUUAGAUUUUGUAAGAUGGAAUAUGUGUCUUCACUAUCAUGGAUUUGACUCACUCCCGGACAUGACAUUAUUAAACACCGGAUUGGACAGAGGAUGUAUUUCUCAAAAUGACACUGGAUUUAACUUAAAAGUGCUACACACGUUUAAUGUUAAUAAUGGAGAAUGGAUUAUUAUUAAAUUGGAUUUUUGUAUAAAAUCAGUUUAUAUAGAUAUUUAUGAUUGGAAUUUAUGUGGAUGAUUUUGUAGAAGGAAUAUAUUAACACGGAUAUAUUAUUAUGCUAAUAUGAUAAUAACAAACUUAUGAAAUAUUCUUUAAAAAAGAUACACAACUUACAUACUAAAUAUGUAUAUGUAAUAGAACGGUUUAGAUAACGAGAAUUUGACCAGUUCUCAAUAUGGAUUAUGUAUUUACUUAUAUUGGGAUAUACUUGUACAUUUAUUCUCUCUAACAUGGAUAAUACAAAGUGCUAGUACUUGAAGCAGUAGUGAAAUGUACAUUGCUAUUGUCGACUGCUUGUGGAUUUAUUUAAUAAUGUUUUUAAUGUAUGAAAAAGACUUAUCGCUGGGAUUAAUAUUUUCAGAGAGAGAGAUAAUCUAAUUCAAUAUUGUGUUCCAUUACUUUCGGGUGGAAUUAAAAUUUCAUAGAGAAUUUCAAUUUAAUGUGGUAUAUAUAUUGUGAUUAAUGGAAUUUUACUUCAUACACUGGAUUUUUUU